CUUUUCUCGAUAGUUCGAAAAACUCAGUGAGAAAAACCAAAGGGUUCGUAACCUUCAACAUUUUCAAGCUAAUCAUCUUGAGUGUUUUUGGUACUGUUGAAUUCGUGAGAAUUUUUUAUUCGACGGGUCAUCAUUAGUUUCUCAUCUCUUCCCUGCUCCGGAGCUGCACCAUUGACGACAGUUCACAAAAUCGGUUUGAUAAGAUAUCGUACAUAAUCAACUCAUUUGACACAUAAAUUUUAAGGUUAAAGAAUAAUUUAUCAACUCAUUUGAAACAGAAAUUUCACUUGAAAAAUGAGGUUGUCGAUGCUUAUUAAGGCCAGGAGUAUGCUCACAAUGUCAGCUGAAAAUUAUAAGUGGGUGGCACCUCCAAGAGACUUCUUGAAAUCUAACUCAAGUGGUUCAGUGAAGAACCAGGUUGGUACUUCUGCCUAUUUAAUUAGGGACCAUGAUUCCGAGUGGGUAGUCGCUGAAUUUAACCCAAAUCCUAGCAAGACUAAUAGCAGAGCAAGUGAAAUGACUGGUAUGGCAAAUUCUCUUAGAAAGUUCAUUGAGCUGAAAAACAUUAAUAGUCCGUUACGAAAGAAACUCGGGGAUAAACAAUGUGCUUCAAUUGAUAGAGUUAAGGGGGUUAUAAUUGAGAGUGACAACAUAGCAGUUGUGGAAAGCAUCAAUGGCAAUUUUAAUUUUACAUCAGACCUUGAAAACAAGGCGUUCAAAUUAAGGGAGUUGGUCAAGAAAGUAAAGGAACUGUAUGGCACCUGCAUUGUUAGACAAAUCAAGAGUGAGGUUAACGGAGUCGCACAAAUAUUGUCCCGAAUGGCAUUGAACAGAGACAGGACCACAUUGGCCAAAAUGGGGUUGGACAGGGACAAGACGUUUAUCAACAUAGGAGAACUUCAAAAGGAUUUCCAACAACCUGUCGCGGAAAGAAUGGAGUUGGAUAAGGAGGGGUUUGAAUAUCCUCCCGGGACGAAAGCGAAGACAAAAGUGAUGAAGUGGUGAUACCAUCAGCAACAAUGGCGAAGAGCACUCAUUUAAUAGGAAGUAGUCUUUGAGUUUUAUCAGCCAUCAAAGGCUGUAUCCAGUUUAUCAAUUCUUCUUCUUCUUCGUUUCAGAAGCCGGAUUAUGCUUCUGGAUGCUAAUUUGACUUAUACAAAUAGAACAAUGGAUGCUAUUAUUACAAAUUUUUAGAAGAGAGAUACUAUGUUUUCCUCUUACUUUGUCAUGAUAAGAACUAGAUAGUACUUAUCUUGUUUCGAUGAUGACUGGAAAACAGAAAAUG